CUAGUAACUCUAUCCUCCUACAGACCCUCCAGGCUCAGAGAGAGCUCCAGUAGGACCCCUGGUCUCCAGCACAGAGAUAUGAGCGGCUGCUGACUCCCGGUAGGACAGUAUGCAGAGCAUUAAGUGUGUGGUGGUGGGCGACGGAGCAGUGGGAAAGACCUGUUUACUCAUCUGCUUCACAACCAACGCCUUCCCUAAGGAAUACAUCCCCACAGUGUUUGAUAACUACAGCGCCCAGACGGCAGUUGACGGGAGGACAGUUAGCUUGAACCUGUGGGACACUGCUGGCCAGGAAGAGUAUGACAGACUGCGUACACUUUCUUACCCACAGACCAACGUCUUCAUCAUUUGCUUUUCCAUCGCCAGCCCAACCUCCUAUGAGAAUGUAAAGCACAAGUGGUACCCUGAGGUGGGUCACCAUUGUCCCAACGUGCCCAUUCUCUUGGUGGGCACCAAGAAGGAUCUUAGGAACAACGCAGAUGUCAUAAAGAAGCUGAAAGAGCAGAACCAAAUGCCCAUCACUAACCAUCAGGGUGGAAAUCUGGCCAAGCAGAUCCAUGCAGUAAAGUAUAUGGAGUGCUCGGCGCUGAAUCAAGAUGGCAUCAAGGAAGUGUUUGCGGAUGCUGUGCGAGCUGUUCUCAACCCGACUCCCAUCAAGGACAAAAAGAGCUGCUUCAUUUUGUGAGCGGAAGUUUCAUUCCCUCUGCUCUCAGUGCUGAGAUCAUUCUGGCAUCUUCUAGUUCCUUCUCCUUUCUCUUGAGGUUCCACACCUCCAAUGCUUACCUCCACUAUUUCAUUAAUAACACUGCCGUGGCUUUCCCCCGGUGGAUCUACUGAUGGUUUGAGGUCUUCUAUCUCUGGACCAACUCUGUACUUCAUCCUUCGCGACCUUAAUCACCCAAAUGCAGAUGCCCAAGCGAUGAAAUGCAUGUCCUCUUCAAUGCAGCUACCAAAUCAGGGUCUCCGAUGGUGGGACUUCUAUAAUCUGGUGAUAUACUGAGAUUCUAUUUAUAAUGGUUUUUACUCAAAAGCCAUUGAGAAAAUGUCUCAGCUAUUGGGUUCCUCCACCGUAUGCCAUGGGUUUGCUGUGGUGUGCUGGAUCUACUGAUGGUUUCAGAUCUUCUGUCUCACGCUUUACUUCAUCCUUAUUGACCUCACUCAGCCAAGUGCAUUUGUUCCUUUGUGCAGCUACCGUAUCAGCUUCUCCUUUGGUGGGACUCCUACAUUCUGGUGAUAUACUGGGAUAUUCUUUGUACCACAGCCAUGAAGAAAGUGCCUCAACUGUUGGUUUUCUCCACCACAUGAAUUCAAGUUCUAGGGCAGUCAGCCCUGUACUGAUGUUGGGUUAAUACCCCACGUAUGGCUUCUAUAUCUUGGUACUGCACCCCAAAGUCAUUAUUUGUAACAGUUGUUUAUAUAAAACAGUAUGGCCUUAUCCAGGUGAUUGGAAGGGGAAUAUGGAUGGCUUCCUAUUGAUCUCUGUGGAUUUUGUUAAUUCUAAAGAAUUAUGGCCACUGUUUACAGACAUAACAGGAAAAAUGGUUAAAGGGGAACUACACCUGUGUUCAGCAUGGACCUAAUAACUAGAGUUUAAAAUGGUAAUGUGCCAUGUCUGAUAAUUGUUUUACUGUCUGCCUUAAUACCACCCCCAAAUCCAUCAGAUACUUGUGUCUUGGACUUAAGGUGGCCAUACACAGGCAGAUUAAAGCUGCUAUCGGUCCUUUAGACCAAUUCGGCAGUUUAUCUGCCCAUGUGUGGGGGCUUCCGACGGGUCCCUCCGAUCGAUAACAGGCCAAAAAUCAAGAUAUUUGAUUUUUUUUUUUUGAUCUAGGACCGUAUCAGCUAGUUGAUACAGUCCUACGAUCCUUUGUGCCCAUUUGCUUCAUUAUCAUCUGAUUGUUCCGCCCAGGGGCGUAACUACAGAGGAAGCAGACCCUGCGGCUGCAGGGGGGCCCAGGAGGUACAGGGGGCCCCAUGAGGCUCUCAUUGAUGAGCAAUUUGAACAUAUAUUGGUAAAACAGGACAAACACUGGAUAUGUUGGGGGCCCUAAAAUUAAUUUGCUGUGGGGCCCAGCAAUAUCUAGUUACGCCACUGGUUCCGCCCUAGGGCCAAACAUUCAGAUUAACCCAUUGUCUCCCUGCCGUUAGUGGGCAUAUAAAGUAAAUCGAAUAGUGUACGGCCACCUUUACAGAUUAGGAGGAGUUUCUUGUACAGCGGGUUUCAUUGUGAAUGGAAGUUCAAACAGCUUCUUCCUACAACUGCUCUAAAGAACCUUGGAGGCUGGAGUAAGUGUAAAAUGAGUUCUUUAAAAUGAGUUCUUUAAAAUGAAUCAGUUAAUAGUGUUGCUGCAGCAGAAUUCUGCACUCAGUGCAGAAUUCUGCUGGAGUAGCACUAUUAACUGAUGUGUUUUGAAAAAAACAUGUUUUUUGAUGACAGGAUCCCUUUAAUUACUAUUUAGCUCUAACGACUACAAAAUAAUGCAUAACAAACAAAAAUGCUAUUUCCCACAUGUUGAGCACAGGUGUAUAUUGCCACUUUUAUUUCUAAAAAUCGAUGUAACCCCCAGGGGCCAAUUUCCCGAAUAUUACAUUUUAUUUAAAAAUGCCUAAUUCUGGCUGUAAGUUUCCCCUGGAAGUUGGGUCCUGGGAUAUCUAAUGGUUUUAUUGUUAAAGCUUCCAGUUAGAGCAACCACUCAGGAUUACGUCACUCGGGGGGGUUCCUCAGGGGCUGUCCUUAUACUCAGGUCCUCUAAUAACUGUUACAAUGUAUAUGAUAUCUUAGCAAGUCACUGAUUCUUAUUUACAGGUUUUUCAUCCCAACUACACUGCUAUUUUAACACUCACUUGUAUCAUCGCAUCUUGGCCACGCCCAGGAGGAGCCAAUAACACUGACAAACAUCUGGAAGAAAUAAGAAAACAUAUACUGUAGCAGCACAUUAGAACGAGGAAUUGUAGGGGGAGGGGUUAACAAAUAGGGUGUCAGUUCCUUUUGUGGGUGAUCACAAGAGCUCUCCAUUGAGCAAUGAACGUGAGGAUCUUGGAGGAACAGUGUUUUCCACUUGCCUGGCACCUCGUUAUGAGCCAGGGUGGAAAUAUGCAAACGUGGCUGAUUAGUCAGAAGAUUAUUUAUAGGAAAUUUCUAAAUUUUCUUCUUGCCAAUGACCGGCCAAUCAGAGGAAACGCCCAGCUCUUAUUGUCACACAUAAGCAGCAGAUUUCCUGUUUGUUCCUGAGGGGCCCUCCAGCUGUCAGGUGAUUUGUUGGAGUUGAGUUCAGCUUGUGCAGCUCCAUGUUUGAUCCCAGAAUUCCUAGUGGGGGUCAAACAUAUUCAUGCCGGGGCCAAGUCUCUGCACUCCAUUGGCCAGUUUGGUGCUGUGCAUGAUUCCCGAGGAGAUGUGGUCGCAGUGCAGGGGCCGCCCCCAGGGAGCAGAUAGCUCUGAAUAUGGUUGAAUCUUAUUGGCCGAGGUUCCAAAUAAACAAGUCUGUGUGGUUGGGAUCCGUGUGGUAAUUGCCUUUCACCUACUAAUGAUCAAGUGUCCCAUUAACCCUGUAACUGCUGGGGUACAGCAGCGAGAUGGACCCGUGUGCUCGCUCCUGCUGUAUGGCAGCUCCACUGCUCUGGCUUUUUUAUUGUGUGUUGUGAAAGUAACAGAUUUUUGUGAUGUAACUGCCUGUGAGAAAUGUUUUAUACCCGCAGAACUGUGCCCUCGGGCGGCCAAUAAAAUCUUUUAUAUGCUU